AUGGCUGCGUACUGGUACAAGCUCGGAUCUGUCUUUCCCGCGCUGUUUAGCGCCUCGGCGCCGAACCUGCCGCACACGGUCCCUCGGACGGCAGGUCUCGCGGGUCUGAGUAUCACGGGUCUGAGUCUGACGACCCUGAGUUUGACGGGCUUGAAGCUCCCGGGCCGCAUUCUCAUGGGCCGCAUUCUCAUGGGCCGCAUUCUCAUGGGCCGCAUUCCCACGGGCCUCGUUCUCACGGGCCUCAUUCUCAUGGGCCGCAUUCCCACGGGCCUCAUUCUCACGGGCCUCAUUCUCGCGGGCCUCAUUCUCACGGGCCGCAUUCCCACGGGCCUCAUUCUCACGGGCCUCAUUCUCGCGGGCCUCAUUCUCACGGGCCUCAUUCUCACGGGCCUGGGUCUCACGGCCCUGGGUCUCACGGCCCUCAUUCUCACGGCCCUGGUGUCCAAGGCCCUGGGUCUCAUGGCCCCGGCUCCCAAGGCCCUGGGUCUCACAGCCCUCCAUCGGACCUGGAUUCUUGGGAAUAACGAGCUGCCCAAACUGUUUCAGGAAACUUGGGGUUCUGGGGCAUCAUUUUCGGAACAACGUAAGCGUGCGAUACUUGCCGACGGUUGUUGCAUUCGCUCGACGAUGGCCCUGGAUCAACUAGGACAGAGCAGCAACUCCACCAACGACAUGCUGGCCGCGAGUGAAACUAGCCAAAAGACUAUGCUUUGA